AUGUCCAAACAAGCAAGAUACAUCCUCCUCUCGCUACCAAACUCCAUCUCCCCUUCACAUCACCGCGAUGAUGCCCUUGAAGCCAUACGCUCGAUAGUCGCAGACAACGGAAAUACAUUCCCCUUCACGGUACCAGAGUUCAAGAUCGGAACCCUGGACGCACUCGUACAGCAGGCAGAUGAACUGGGUAAAGUCGAGGCUCUUUGCGAGAAUGUCGUUAGUAAAGUGGGAGAUGUGCUUUCGAGUGUGUUGGAAGGCGAUGAGGCGCAGAUAUCGAGAAUGAAGAUGGUCAAUGAGAGACCGCUGGAUCAAUACCUGCAAUCUUUCUCAUGGAACAAGGUCAAAUACAGAGCUGACAAGUCGUUGGCAGAGUUGAUUGACCUCCUGCAAAAGGAAAUCAACAGCAUCGACAACGAUGUACGAGCGAAAUUCACCCAGUAUAAUGGCGUCAAGUCAAACCUGGCUGGUCUGCAGAGGAAGCAAACAGGAAAUCUUUCCACCAAGUCCCUGGCCUCAGUUGUUGAUCCUAGCCUCCUUGUGCAAGACUCAGAAUACCUAGAAACUCACCUCAUUGCACUCCCCAGCCGAGAUGUCAAGGAUUUCCUACGUGCAUAUGAAACUCUCUCACCCAUGGUCGUUCCACGCUCGUCCAUACUACUUGCUUCAGACGAUGAAUAUACUCUCUACGGUGUUACGACGUUCAAGAAGCACAGCGCAGAAUUCAUCCAUAAAUGCCGCGAGAACCGAUGGACGCCGAGAGAAUACAAAUACGUGGAGGAUGGCGGCGAAGAAGAACGCAAAGAAAUCGACCAAGUUGCUGGCGACGCUAAGAGGCUGUGGGGUGAAGCUUUAAGACUCGGAAAGACUGGAUGGGGCGAAGCCGUGAUGGUGUGGGUGCACAUCCUUGCUUUGAGAAUGUUCGUUGAGACCGUCCUGAGGUACGGACUGCCGUUGGACUUCACAUCCGUCUUGAUUAAGGUACGUACCGCAACCCCUUCCCUGUACUCCUUCCAUAUAUCCGUACACAAAGCUAACGUCCCUCAUCAGAGCACGGGUAAGAACGCUAAAAAGAUCAAGGAUGCGCUCGAUUCAUCGUAUUCAUACCUGGGCGGUAAUGCGUUUACUCGGGACAAGAAAGGUCGGGUUCGGAAGGACGACCCGAAUGAGAUGCAACAGGUGGGCGUUCCCGACACGGCAGCCGAAUAUACAGCAUUUGUAUAUUAUGAGUUCGAGGUAGAGUAA